UUAAACACUUAUCAAUCCCAAAAGGCUGAAAACCUUAUUUCGUCCAGUCAAACUGCAAACCAUAGGACAAUGAAAACAAGGAGACGAAAAUUUGGUAAAGACAUAAUCAGUGUUUUACCUGAUUGUCUUUUACUUCAAAUUUUGUCGAAUUUGGAAGUGAAUCAAGCGGUUCAGUUAUCCAUCCUCUCCACAAGAUGGAAGAAUCUCUGGAAACAUAUUUCCGUUCUUUAUUUGCAUUAUAGAAACUUUCAAUCCAUAGAAACUUUUGCUACUUUCGUUUCUCAAUUUUUCUCUUCUCGCAAUGUCAACACCUCUCUGCACGCUCUCACUUUUGAGUGCCGCUACUAUUUUGACCCCGACCUGCUCAAAAGAAUCAUAAAAUACUUAUUUUCACACCAUAUCCAACGUUUAGAUAUGACCGUGGCUUGUAGUCUUGAACACUUUCCACUUUGCACCAACUUUUCAUAUCAGACUCUAACCUCUCUUAAACUUAUUUCAUGCCAAGAAUUGAAAUGCCAAGAAUUCAUACAAUGUGAUAGACAACGACGACCUGUAUUUCCAAAUUCUCUUCAAUUUCCUGCAUUAACCUACUUGUCUUUAGCAUUCUUCACCUUUCGCUGCACUACGCAUGAUGGCUAUGCUGACCCCUUUUCGACAUUUCAAAGUUUGAAUACUUUGAUCAUCAAACAUUGUUCACUUUAUACUGAAAAAACCGGAGUCGAAGACAGCCUCUUCGUAUCAAGUGGCUCGCUUGUUAAUUUAGCAAUAGUAUUGCCGGAUGAUUACAAGGAUUACAAAUUGAAGUUAUCUACCCCAAAUCUUUGUAGCUUUGAUUUUAGUGGUCAUCCUUUUCAGAAUCUUUGUGGCCACAAUAACAUUAGCAAUACCAAUUUCUCUUAUAUUAAACAUGUAAGGAUUGAUUUAACACUCCACAAAGUUGCAAAAUUUCCUCCAAUUCUAUUCAACUGGCUUGUUGAGCUUGCCCUUGUGGAAUCAUUAACAAUCACUUCACACACUCUUAAGAUUCUCAACUUAUUUCCGGACUCAUUGAAGAUUGAUUUUCCUUAUUUACACAACUUGAAGUUACUGAAAAUAGAAACACAUGGAUGUUUAUCUCUACCCGAUGGAACAGCAGACUUUUUGCUUCAAAACUCACCGUCAGCAAAGAAAGUCAUUUUUCGAGGACGUACCUUGAAGGAUUUUAUCAAAGAAGAACGGAAACGUGAAAAACAAUUCCGAUACUGACACGCCCCGACACCUGUAAAAAUUAAAAUAAAUAAAUAAAAUGUAACAAGUGUCGGUGCAGGUGUCUAUCUCGGACCAUCAACUCAGACAUGGUCGAUGAUUUUGUGUCCAAGAGAUCAGAAUAAGGUGUAAGCAGCCGUGACUAAGGCAAUCUUUACAAGAGAGAUCUUUCCAUAGCAAGAUAGCAUUAUUAAGACUUCCUAUAUAUAUAUUUUUCCCUUCAACUUAUUGAAUUAUGGUUUUUAUUUUGUUUGUCAACAUAUUUAUAUAUUUCAACAUUUUCUGUCAUGUGUGUUGAUCCUUCUAUUUUUAUCUCAAUUCAUUUAUAGACAGUUUGAGACAUUUCUUGCUGAGUUUUGUAUUCUGUUCUAUGAAACAUUGAAUUUAUAUUUGAACAAA